AUGGAAGAAGAAAAAGAAAAAGAUUCACAAUAAACUAUAGUAAAUUAUAAAUAGAAAACGAUUAAAAAAAAGAAAAAGAAACUAUAAUAAGCUGGUUGGAUUCCAUUAAUAUAGAAUAUAUUGUUAAACUUUAGUAAUGAGCCUGUAUAUAUUCCUUUUUACAAAAAAAUUAUGAAGAGAUAUGAUGAUGAGAAUUAUAACAAAUAUAGAAAUUAUGGAUUUACUGAUUCUGGUUUUUGUAGUAUAGAUUAGAUUAAAUUAGACUAUAUCCAUGAAAAUUUAUAAAUUUCAAUGAAUACUCAUUCCAUAGGAAAUAGAGAUUUUUCGUUUUUAAUUGAGAUGUAUAAAUCAUACCAAGAUCAAUAGUAUUAUGAGCUUGCUAUACUACUUGAAAAAUAUUAAAUAAAAUGUUAGCAAUAAAUAAGCAAGCUAGAAUAAGUAAUUGAUGAAUUAAAUUAAAUGAAAUAUAUUACUCAAGAAGAACUAAGUGAAUCUUUUGAUAUGUUUGAAAAAGAUGUAAUGGAUUGGGUAAAUUAAAAUAUUCAAAAUGAAAUUUAUGAAUUAUCAUUAGGGUUCAUUAAUUUUGAAUCUAAAAUUCCUGAUAUUAAAAAAAAAAUAUUCUCAAAAAAUAUAAUUGAGUUUUUAGCAAGAGAUAUCUAAACUUUUUUUUCAUAACUUUCUUAGAAAAACAUGAAAAUUGAGCUUGAUAAUUUGAUGAAUGGUUAAGAAUUUAGUGGAAGAAUUUAGCUUGAAAAAAAGAUCAAUACGUUUAAAUAGAUUUUGAGUGAUUAGAAAUACAUAGAAACAGAAGAUGAAGUAAUAACUAUUGAAGGAUUAGUGCUACCAGCUAAAAGAAAAUCAAAAAUGUUAUUUUAUAAUCAUAGAAAUAGAUAAAUAACAAAAGAAUAAAACUUAAUGUUUUUUAUAAUUAGAACGUAUGACUUCGAUGCAUCUCAAAUCUAGCGUUUAAUUAACUUAAGAAACGAACUAUUAUCUAAUUUCUUUAAGAAUAAUAAACAUCCAAACUUUUAAAAUAGUAGCUUUUAAGGAAACAUUUUCUAAAAUUUUGAGUAUGCAUGUCAAUAAGAAUAUUUUUUAGAAAAGUUUAAAUACAUAUGA